GUCCAAAUGAGGCGUCUGAAAUGCGCUUGCGCAGUCUGUCUCACCGGAAGUGAUUCCCACGCUCAGACGAGGUCAAAAUGGCGACUUGCUACAUGUGAAGAGGACAUAAGGGAGCCGGCUUUAUGCUACAAAAACAUGUACAAAUCGACAUGUAGCAGACUCACAGGUCUGGUUGGUGUGAGUGUGAACCAGAAACUAUUUGGUAGAAAUGCCAUUAGAAAUCACAAGAGUGCUCGCAGCCUCAUCCAGAUGUCCAGGAGAGACCCAUCACAAUGGAUUCACCACCUCAACUUCUUGAAGCGCCAGUAUGUGAUGAGGAGUAACAAUGCCCUCUAUCAGAGAGCUAAACCUAAGCAAACAGCCAUCUUGACUGUCCUCGAGGACCAUCGUGAUGACGGCAUGGACAGUCAGAUGCGGCAAGUCCCAACCAUCGACCAUGUGCCUAUGGUCACCGAUGUCACACCACAGCCAGAGACCACAACCACAAAUAUGACUUCAAGUCCUGUCUCGACUGUGGCAGCGCUUGCUGUGUUGAAACCUCCCUCCAGCAAGACUGUGUCGUCACCACAGACAAAGGCUGUGUCCAGUGCAGCUGAGUCUGGGACUGAGAUGUUAGAGGUGCCCCAUGUGCAGGUGGAGUCUGAUGAAGCCAGGGAGGCUCGGCUGGAGAGGCAGUGGAAGGAGCUCAAGGUGGACCUGGCUGAGCUUCCAGAUGUGUAUGCAAAACUAUCCAAAAUCAAACUCACAGCGUUAGUAGUGUGGACGGCAGCAGCUGGUUUUGCCAUGGCUCCAGUGCCCUUUGACCCUGCCACCUUCUUCCUGGCAUCCCUCGGGACAGGGCUCGCCUCCUGCACUGCCAACUCCAUCAACCAGUACUUUGAGGUGCCCUUUGACUCCAACAUGAACCGCACAAAGAACCGGCCCCUGGUCAGGGGACAGAUAAGUCCUCUCCAUGCGGUGGGCUUUGCCCUAGUCUGUGGUGUCCCUGGUAUCACUUUGUUGACCCUGGCUGUGAACCCUCUAACAGGGGCCUUGGGGGCCCUCAACAUCUUCCUCUACACCUGCUGUUACACACCCCUGAAGAGGCUCAGCAUCAUCAACACCUGGGUGGGGGCGGUGGUGGGGGCCAUUCCCCCCAUCAUGGGCUGGACAGCCGCUACAGGUGCUCUGGACCCAGGUGCUCUGCUGCUGGGUGGCUUCCUGUACUGCUGGCAGUUUCCCCACUUCAACGCUUUGAGCUGGAACCUGCGUGAGGACUACUCCCGGGGAGGCUACCGUAUGAUGUCAGUCACCCACCCGGGCAUGUGUAAGAGGGUGGCCCUGCGCCACAGCCUGGGUCUGAUCGGUCUCUCGGCCCUGGGCCCUGUGCUGGACGUCACCACCUGGACCUUUCCUCUCGUCUCCCUGCCCAUCAACCUCUACAUCAGUUAUCUGGCCUUCCGCUUCUACCAGAAGGGAGACCGCAGCUCCGCCCGCAAGCUCUUCUUCUGCAGUCUGUGGCACCUGCCUAUGUUGUUGCUGCUGGCGCUCACCUGUAAGAAGUCCCGGACCGACAAAGAGGACGUGGCCAAGACCUCGAGCCUAGCCCCAGCACCCCUGCCCCUCGCCGUGCAGAACUAGGAUAGCCCGUUAGACCCCACCACCACAUCCAACCUCCAACACACUGGCCAUUACUUCUCCACCCACCCUUCGUACAAAUGGAGGUAUUACCUUACCAUGUCUUCCUCCCUCUGCCUCUGUACCCUGAGAGAGGGGAGUACUAGGGACUGUGUGUAUGUAUGUCUGUGGACUUGUGGUGCUCACCAACUGCACUCUCCAUGCCCUCAAGACAAGGGGAUGGGGUGGAAGCAACAUGGCUGAAAUGGUUGAUCAAUGAAAACCACACAUUGUGAAUUCCUGAAAUAACUUCAGAGUGUAAGGAAUCAUUUCAGUGUGUGUGUAUAUAUGUAUUUAUAAAGGAAGGCUGCCCUCUAGUCCCUGUCCAUGUUGUAUAUGACUGUUGUUAAUAAGAACGUUGUACAGUGUAAAUUGCUCCUAUGGAUUCGCAAUUGGGCCCCAAUCUUGAAAGAAACCCAUGCAUUGUAUCAACACAAGAUGACGUCAAGAAAGAAUCGAGAGUGAACUGUGAUGGACAUGAAGACUUGUAAGAUAAAUGAGACAACAGUACAUUGAGUUAUCUCAAUAUUUGUUCCAUUUUGUUAAAUAAUCGAUUAAGGAAAUACGUUUUAAAGAAACCUAGCCACUGCACUGAAAUGCAAUGAUAAGUUAUUACUUGCCUAUAUGUUACUUGACUGUAACGAUUGCCUAUGCCUCUUGGUUUUAGCUGUUCAGCAAUCUCAGUGGAGGGUGUUCUUCUGUCUGCAACACACUGCUUUAACUCUGCACGGUUCACCUUCACCAAAACAAAAGAGAAAAGUUAACUUGUAAACCAUUUUUGUAAGACACAAAAAUCAUUACAAAUGUUCUCUUAUAAUAAACGUCUUAUGAUUGAACAAAAUUGUUUGAUUUACUUUUGA